GUCUGACCACUCAGCCUUGUAAGUGCACCUCUAAGUAUGCCUCUGAGACUAGUGAGUAUACCAUGGUGACACCCAUCCCGCUUUCUACAUGUGCCACUAAGGAUGCCUCCCAGCCUUGUGAGUGUCCCGUCUGUCUGACCACCCAGCCUUGUAAGUGCACCUCUAAGUAUACCACUGAGACUAGUGAGUAUACCAUCGUGACACCCAUCUCAUUUUCUACACGUACCACUAAAGAAACCACCCAGUCUUGUGAGUGUCCUGUCUGUUUCACCACCUUGCCUUGUAAGUGUACUUCUAAGUAUACCUCUGAGACUCGUGAGAUUACCAUCGUGAAACCCAUUGCAUUUUCUGAGUGUACCACCGAAGAUACCGCCAAGCUUCGUGAGUGUCCCUACUGUUUCACAUCCCAGCCUUGUGAAUGUAGCAUCAUGAAACUCAUCAAGCCUUGUGAGUAUAGCCUUAAGGAUCACUGCCAGUCUUGUGAAUGUACCGUCAUGAGACCCAUUAAGCCUUGUGUGUGUACCAUUAAGGAUCCCUCCCAGCCUUGUAAGUGUUCUGUCGUGAAACCCAUCAAGCCUUGUGAAUGUACUAUUAAGGACCCUUCUCAGACUUGUAAGUGUGGCGUCACGAAACCCUGUGAGUGCAGCACUAAGGAUCCCUCCCAGCCUUGUAAGUGUACCUUCUGUAACAUCGUGAAACUCAUCAAGGAUUCUGAGUGUGCCACUAAGGAUUCCUCCCAAUCUUCUGAGUGCACCAUCUGUGGCACCAUUCAGCCUUGUGUGUGUACCACUACGGAUCCCUCCCAGCCUUGUAAGUGCACCAUCUGUGGUGCCAUUCAGCCUUGUAAGUGUGUCAUUAAGGAUCCCUGCCAGCCUUGUAAGUGCACCAUCUGUGACACCGUUCAGCCUUGUAAAUGUGUCAUUAAGGAUCCCUGCCAGCCUUGUAAGUGCACCAUCUGUGACACCGUUCAGCCUUGUAAGUGUGUCAUUAAUGAUCCCUGCCAACCUUGUAAGUGCACCAUCUGUGACACCGUUCAGCCUUGUAAGUGUGUCAUUAAGGAUCCCUCCCAGCCUUGUAAGUGUACCAUCUGUGAGUUUUGUAAGUGUACUAUUAAGGAUCCCUCCCACCCUUGUAAGUGUAACAUUGUAAAUAUCACUAAGACUUGUAAGUGUACCACUAAGGAUCCCUCCAAGCCUUGUAAGUGUACCAUUGUGAAAUCAACGAAGCUUUGUGAUUGUACCACUGAGGAUACCUCUGAGCUGCGUGAGUGUAUCAUCUGUGACACUACCCAGCCUUGUGAGUGUACCGUCAUGAACAUCACCCAGCCUUGUCCCUGAUAGUACAUCAUGGUACAGCCCAGUUGAGCUCUAGGUGGUUGCAGAUCCAUCCAGCAACUAACUUUAUGGACUAUAUAUCCCAACCAUGUAAUACUCAGGCGAGCUCUUCUCACAUUCUGCAUCCAAGA